UGUCGCCCUCGUGCGUUCAUUUACAUUUACUGAGCUGACGGCAUGGCGCGAGUUGUGAACGCGAGGAAGUAUAAGGUCGUAAGUGAGAAUGUAACUUCAUCUGAAUUUGUCACCUUGGGUUGGCAACCAUUCUCGCGCCCUUGCUCCAUCCAUGCCUGAAUCAUGAGUGAAGCUACCAAAUCUGAGAGUGAGAGUUUCAUCUUACACAAAUGGCAGAAAUGUCACUUUGACCUUCAUGGGCCCCAGGCCAGUCCCCGUGUCAAAAUUGAUGCCGUCACGGGUAUCCUGCAGCAGAUUUACCAAGCUAGUGCCAUUGGACGCAUCAACAGUGAUGUCAGCUGUGACCUUACUCAACGUUACAUUCAAGCACAUUCCUCAGUCGUUGAUAGUGUCAAUAGUGAGACAGGACUCAAUAACUAUGCAGAUGGAAUACUGACAAUUUGUACAAAUCAUCCAAAUGAGAGUGAAGCCUGGAACCCUUCCCUUACUCCUGAAAAUGUUAAGAAUCUUCCUUUUAUACAGCAAUUCCUUCAAUUCUCAAAGGCCAAUGCACAGUCAAAUAAACCAGACAGACUGAAUGACCCACUUAUUCUCCAUCAAAAAAAUUGUGGUCGUCAGAAGAGACUUGCUGAACCUCAACCAUCGGCCAAUCAACCCAGUGCACGAGACCAUUCAGCUAAUGAAUCAAAUGGUAUUAGUUCAUCCCAUGCCAACAAGUUACCUGUCACAAAGACUCCUAGCCAACAGAGCCAAGAACACCAAUCAUCAUUUCCUACUGUCAGGUCCAUGACCUCAUCAACCAACACAGCGAAAUACCCUCUAGGUCAGAGUUCAACAAAGCAGGGGUUAUGGGGUCAAGGUCAAACAGACAACAGACAACCACCCCAGAUGUCAACAGUUUCAAGAAUUCCGAAUCUUGUUGUCAACUCAAGGGGUAACUACGCAGUUACCCCUUCUGUCCAGGAGCGACCAACCACCAUUCCUCAAUCCGACCCAACCAUACUCCAUAACCAUGUGCCAGCAUUUUCCUCCCGAUCCACCUCUAACUGGAAUCAAAGUAAUGGUCUGAUUAACGAAAACCCAGGACCUGCCUAUGACAGGGACAUUCCAAAGUCGUCUGGCUUCCAUACUCAUCAAGGCUAUCGACCAAGUGGGCCCACUUCACACGUUGCACCGCCCAAUUCUCUGAAAAGAAAGACCAUGUUCCAAGAAGUUGAGUUUCAAGGCGAUGGUCAGCUCCCCUUCAGGACAUCAAUACCAGAGCGUACAGGUUGUGCAGACGGAAGAUUCAAUGAGGGUCAGGGUGCAAGGCACAUGGAAAAUGACGAUGAUACCUCAGCUGUGCCAAAUGCAUUCAAGACUGCCAGUGAACAACUUAUUAUUCAGAAUCAGAAGAAGUAUGGAAACCGAGCAGGGAGUGGAGGUCCAACAUCAUCAGCUUACGGUACUGCCAAGAAGUCAUUAGGAACUACAAGAAGAGGACUCAAUAGCAAAUUUGUUCCUCCGGUGAUGAAUAGGGAUGAAGGAGACAGUGAUAGAGGUCAUCAAAGUGGUCAGGGAGGAGUCACUGGGAGGUCAAAGGCCACUGGUAGUGCUGAGGAAGAAAUGACAGACGAGCGUUUGAAAGGAAUUGAUCCAAAGAUGAUUGAACUCGUCACAAAUGAGAUAAUGGAUCAUGGCCCACCAAUCCACUGGGAUGAUAUUGCUGGGUUGGAGUUUGCUAAGACAACCAUUAAAGAGAUUGUGGUGUGGCCGAUGCUUAGACCAGAUAUCUUCAAUGGUUUACGAGGUCCUCCUAAAGGCCUUCUGCUGUUUGGACCUCCUGGUACAGGCAAGACACUUAUAGGAAAGUGCAUCGCUUGUCAGUCUGGGGCCACCUUCUUCAGUAUUAGUGCGUCUUCUCUCACCUCCAAAUGGGUUGGUGAAGGAGAGAAGAUGGUGAGGGCGCUCUUUGCUGUUGCGCGAUGCCAUCAGCCCGCAGUUAUUUUCAUCGAUGAAAUCGAUUCACUCCUCUCACAGAGAUCCAAUGAUGAACAUGAGUCAUCACGACGAAUCAAAACAGAGUUCCUGGUGCAGUUGGAUGGAGCCACUACAAGCUCAGAUGACCGUCUCUUGGUGGUUGGUGCAACCAAUCGCCCACAGGAGAUUGAUGAGGCAGCUAGACGUCGGAUGGUCAAGCGUCUUUACAUCCCUCUCCCUGAGGCACCUGCUAGGAGGCAGAUUGUCCAGAACCUAUUGGCUCAGCAGAGUUACUCACUCACUGAGGAGGAACUGGAAAGAAUAUGUCAGGAUACUGAUGGUUACUCUGGUGCCGAUAUGGCCAAUCUGUGUCGAGAGGCGGCUCUUGGUCCUAUCCGCUGCAUCCGUGGGACAGACAUACAAUACAUCAGUGCAGAUCAGGUUCGUCCCAUUCUGUACCAGGAUUUUCAAGGAGCUCUGAGGCACAUGAGGCCAAGUGUGUCAAAGUCCGAUCUUAAAGUCUACCUUGAAUGGAAUAAGACCUUUGGAACUGGCGCAAGCAAAUAACAUUAUGCACGAAACCUUUUAUAUCCAGGAGUGGAUGGGGGGGGUGGGGGUCCCCUUUUUUCACCCCAAAAAUAAAUAAAAAAGAAGAAAAAGAGGGGUUGGGACCCAGCCCCACAAAUGUGACAAAGGCGUAAAAAACAACAGUUCUGCUUCCAGUUACCCAAGCUCCCUAAUAUUAUGGCUGUGACUCUAACAUUUUUAGUUCACGCCCUUCCCCCAUGGAAAAUGCUGGAUCUGUAGCUUUUAUCUCAAGAGAUGUAGGCAUAUCUUUGUAACUGUAGCAAGUGAUUUCACGAAGUAACCAAUUUUGUAUAAAUAUAAUUCAUAACUAAACUUCUUGUAUUCCUUGCAUCAGACAUCUGUAAUACUUAUGUGGACAAGUGUUUUGUGAACCUUUAUACUUUCACUUGUCUAGUUUUGUUUCUGGUGGUAUAAACAAUAUAUUCUAACAUAAAUCAAAUACAAAACAAUAUUAAAUUUAGUGUCAUUUGCCAAAAAAGUGAGGCCUUACAUGCACGGAGAACCAACUAAAGAAUAGACAGCCAUCCUUAAAAUCAAGCUGCCAAAACACGUCCCUAAAUUGUUUACUAUGUGCACGCAGUGUUGAGUUUCUGUCUUGAUGGCUUAAUAUUUAUCAAAUGUCUUAAUGUCACCACAUCUUCUUAAAGAUAGUUGGUUAACCUAAUGGAUUUAGUGUUUACAAAUUUCUAGAAAGGGUUUCUUUCACUAGUUAUUCUUAUGCCAUGGUUUUGUCACUGCAGUAUGGGAAUUUAGUCUAGAAAUUUCACGAUUGUAUUCUUUUUUUUAUUAGAGGUAUUUUCCAUUCGAGAGUUUAUCAAUGUUCCUGUGAUUUACGUGGCUUGCACUAGUCUUGUCAUCUGUACUACACUUAUUGCAAACUCUUUUCUAGAUCAUAGCUCAUCAAGAAAUACGCCAAAACGAUUGCUUCGCCUCAGGAAAUAUCAGGUUUUAACCUUUAGGCCUACCCACGCACUUAAAGAAUAACAUUCGACUCCAGCCAAGGGAGCUGUUCAUUUUGUCAAAAUGGUGGCUUCCCAAGCGGAAGGAUUGGAGAAAACUGGCCACACUAAUCGGAAUGUUUAGUUUCUGGUGGUUUGAGGCACAGAACAGUGUACCAAAAUUGAUGUUGUUGCUUCUCUGAGAGUUUUAUCAUUGAGCAUACAACUCGUCGUACACCUCUGCUCGAUUUAGUUUUUAAACUCUGUUCCGAGUCAGUGACAUGACUACAUUUCCAUGUACAGUGAAUAUUUUUCAUUUUGUCAAAGACUGAUGUUAAUUAAGAUAGCUAGACUGAGAAUUGAUUCUUCAUUAAGAGAAGAUUGACCAGCAGGUGUUUCUGUAGCCUUUGAUUCGCCUUUGACGGUCAGCGUCCGUAAAUGAAUGCAGUUUUGUUAAAUGUCCGUGAAUAUGAUUUGAA